AUGACGUCAAACAGCAUCAUCAAGCUUUCGUGCAUCAUUAAUUUCAUUGAUGAUAAAAAAAUAUUUUCUAAAGGUGAAAAUUCUUUUGAAUGUGGCUGUGUCAAAAGUUUUAAUUACAUACCUGAUGUGGGUAUACUUAGUGGUCAAGUGCAUGCAAGUAUGAAAAAUAAAUUGUAUGAUGUUAAGAUAUUUUUCAAAGAUAAAAAUAUUGAACAUGCCAGCUGUACAUGUCCGACAGGUUUGACAAAAUGCCAUCAUAUGUUUUCACUUCUUUUACAUGGGCAUAAUAAUAUAUCUGUAACUGAUUUAUCAUGCAGCUGGUCAAAAAAAUCUGUAAGAGAAAAUGAUGAAGUAUUGACUAUUGACGAUAUAUAUGAAAAUAAUUUUAAAGCUGUUACUGAUACACACAAUAUUGAUUUUAAAGCUUUAUGUUUUGAUAAAUUAACAGCAACUAAUCAAACAGUUGGAUUUUCAUGGUUGUUAAGUCCAGAACCUCCAGUUGAAGAUUAAAGUGAUAUUCUUCUAUUGGAAAAUGUUCUUAAUUCUUCAGAAUUUAGAAAUUCUAAAAAUAGUGUUCAAAUGUUGUCUGACAUUUGUAAGUUAUCUUUUGAACAGGUUAAAGAUAUAGCUUCAAAGACCAUAGGGCAAUCUGCAAAUGUAAGAUGGUGUCUUUCUAGGAAAUUUCAUCUUACUGCGUGUAAUUUUCAUAAAAUAAUAAAGUCGGUCAAAAGUAAUCGAUAUCCUAAUUCACUUUUUAAAGGUCUCUUAGGAAAAUAUUUUGUGAAUGGAGUUAGAUCGAUUGAAUGGAGGAAAACACAUGAAAGUAUUGCAAUUGAAGAGUUUGAGAAGGCUAACAAUUCUAUUGUGACUAAAACUGGCAUUUGGUUAGGUACAUGAAUCUGGAUUUUUGGGAGCCAGUCCAGAUGGUUUGCUUUUCGAUUAAAACUCUUCUUAUUGCAUUGAAGUUAAGUGUCCUUAUAAAUUUCGGAAUGAAGACUUAAAAAUUGCACUUUCAAAUUCAAAAGAUUACAUCAUUAACUUU